AUGUUGAGAACUCAUGACACCAGCACCUCUUAAGAAAGCCAAACAGGCUCUCUAAGUCAUGAAAGCACUACAUCCAGAGAAGCAAGUAGAUCACGAGCGUGUAGCAAAGGCCCUCGCAAAAGAAGAUCAAGAGGCAUAGACAGUCAUAAUUAUUAUAUGAGAGACAAUUUCCAAAGUAGAUACCAGGAGGGUUCUGCUCCUUAUAGUCAAAACAUUUUUGAAGAUAUCUAUGAAGCCUCAUGGAGAAGGAGAACUCAGUUUAAUGCUUGUUCAAGGAAAGCUACCAGUCCAGAAUACAGUAUACAGUCUUUUACUGAAAUGAUAGGUCUGCAUAGUGCAGGGGACCCUGAGGGACACUAUUGUUGUUAUGAAAGCUGCAGGUCAAGAAGUCAAUCAAGCAAUAGUUCAAGUACACCCUCUGGAAGUACUGACAGAAUUAAAAGUGAAAAGCGUAUUGGAAAAAGGAAGUACAAAAACCAUGACUUGGACAAUGCAGACAAGGACAAUUUAUUAAAAUUCAGUGACUGCUACAAAAAUUAA